AUGGCGUCCGCCAACCGGCAUAACGGCCAGGCUGCUACCGUCCAAGACCCUAGCUGGAACAACCAGACAGCCCCAGCGGCGCAGGCGUGGAAUGCGCAGGCCUUGCUUGCCCCGCGCAGCAAGCAAGCCGUUCCUUCCCCAGCUCACGGCUAUCCCCAACGCAGCUACCCCAUGACAAACCAAUUCACCGGCGCACAGCACAAUGGCGGCAUGGUCUUCGAGUUCACCGGCCCUUCCGACAUGUCCAACGACUCACUCCCUUCAUCCGUGCCAUCUACCUCAUCGACACCAGCCACCGACGGCCGAUCGACACCAAAUGGCCAUAUGCAGGGUUUAGGCGGCAUGAUCGAACGCAUGAACGGUGUCCAGGACCGCGCAUAUGCCCCCGCAAUAAAGAGACGCAAAGUCGACACGCCCGAGGCUGACGCUGAGAUGACUGGAAAGAAAGUGGAUGAUGAUGAUGUCAAGGUGGUUGAACACCCCGACAAUGAAGAGCACCAGAAGCAGGGCCUGUACUUCAUGACGAAUAAGGAGGCCGACGCCACGUGGGAGCAGCGAACGACAGACUCAUUUUACAAGGCCCGUAUAAGCUCGACGGGGCAGCGGGUCUUCCUCAACGUCGUCACCGGUCUGAACGAACGGCAGCUGCCCCCACAAACAAGGGGUGGCAUCCUUGCCGACAUGAUGGGACUUGGCAAAACACUCAGUAUUCUCUCUCUCGUCUGCCAUACGCUCACCGAAGCACAGACCUGGGCGCAGUCUCCCUUGAUACAACCCGAGGAGCCUCCCCAGAAGCCAUCGUCCAUGUCUGCAGCCCUCAACACACUCGGUCUCACGAAACUGAAAAGAAACGCCAAGACCACUUUGCUGGUAUGUCCACUGACGACCAUCUUCAACUGGGAGGAGCAGAUCAAGCAGCACAUACAGCCUGGCAAGUUUAGCUAUUAUGUGUAUCACGGCGCUACCCGCAUCCGAGACGUUGAGCAACUGGCACAGUAUGACUUGGUCAUCACCACAUAUGGCUCCAUCUCCACAGAACUCGGUCUGCGCAACAAGCGGAAGCCGGGCAAGUAUCCCAUGGAGGAAAUUGGCUGGUUCCGUAUCGUGCUCGAUGAGGCACACAUGAUCCGCGAAACGUCAACGCAACAGUUCAAGGCCAUCGUCCGCCUGCAAGCCAACCGCAGAUGGGCUGUGACCGGCACGCCGGUGCAGAACCGGCUCGAGGACCUGGCUGCUCUUCUGGCAUUUUUGCGACUCAAGCCGUUCGACGACCGGAACCGCUUCAACCGCUUCAUCGUCGACCCGUUUAAAGCCUGCGACCCCGAGAUCGUCCCCAAGCUUCGCAUCAUGGUGGACAGCAUCACGAUGCGGCGACUGAAAGACAAGAUCGACCUUCCUCCUCGUACCGACCAUGUCAUCAAGCUUGAUAUGACCCUGGAGGAACGUCAAGUCUACGAUCUGUUUGAGAAGAACGCUCAAGAUCGAGUACAGGUCUUGUCUGCCAAUGCCGAAUCGAGCAAGGGGGCCCUCGGUGGCCAGACUUAUAUUCACAUUCUGCGCUCAAUCCUGCGUCUGCGUUUGCUUUGUGCGCACGGUGCCGACCUCCUCAACCCAGACGACAUGCAAGCUCUGGAGGGCAUGACAGCAGACAUGGCUAUUGACCUUGAUAGUGAUGACGAAAGCUCCAAUAAACCGGCACUGAGCGAACGCCAAGCAUACGAGAUGUUUGAGCUGAUGCUCAAUACGAAUGCUGACAAGUGCAGUCAGUGCACCAAGAAACUCGGCGCCAGCGAUGGCGCUAGUAUCGAAUCCGAGGGGCAAGAGGAAAUUCUUGGGUACAUGACGCAGUGCUACCACGUCAUUUGCGGCCCUUGUUUCAAGAAGGUGAAGGAGUUAGCCAAAGAUCAGCCGGGCCAGUGUCUAUUCUGUCCCAACCAAGUCGAUAUGCAGUACAUUGCACUGAAGCGCGCUCGUGCCAACGUCGAGCACGACGGUCACAUCAAGGCCAAGGCUGCCAAUAACGGCAAGAGGACGUUUGACAGGUACACCGGGCCUCACACUAAAACAAGGGCCCUGCUGGAGGACCUGCUGAAGUCGGAAGCCGAGACUGCUGCAAACCCUACGCUGCCUCCGUUCAAGUCGGUCGUCUUCUCCUCAUGGACGACCCACCUUGACCUCAUUGAAAUGGCGCUUGAUAGCGUAGGCAUCACUUAUUCGCGACUCGACGGUAAGAUGAGCCGCAACGCGAGGACCAAGGCUAUGGAUGAAUUCCGUGACAAUCCCUCGAUUCACGUCAUCUUGGUGUCUAUCAUGGCCGGUAGUCUCGGCCUGAACCUGACUUCAGGCAACAACGUAUAUGUUAUGGAGCCGCAGUAUAACCCUGCCGCAGAAGCUCAGGCCGUCGACCGUGUGCAUCGACUAGGCCAGAAGCGUCCUGUGCAGACUGUACGCUACAUUAUGCGGAACAGUUUCGAGGAGAAGAUGAUCGAGUUGCAGGACAAGAAGAAGAAGCUCGCUAGCCUCAGCAUGGAUGGCAAGGGCAAGGCCCUCGAUAGAGGAGAUGCAGCGCGGCAGAAGCUGAUGGACCUGCGGAGUCUCUUCAAGUGAGUCGGCGUUGGGGAACAUGUGCUUGUGGGAGGAGGCACGGCGUUGGAUGGGUGUCAUUACGUUUUACUCGUUUCACUCUCGGCAUGCGAUGGCAUCCAAAAGACCUGGGGUUUAGGACUUUUUUCUUUCUUUUUUCACGAGGGGAUGAUACUACGACCACCCUGGCGGCAGUGCUCUACAUUGGGCUAUGGGGUGAGACGUUCUCGGUAUCGCGAGAGGCGAGAGCGCAGCGAGGCACAAUUUCUGAAGUGGUAACCACGUUUUCUUUCUAUUCUACGCGCAUUAUACGGUAGACCUCAGGGCCUAUUCCUUCUGCAUCUAGGUAGUAUUGCACGGGCAGGGUGUCCCGGGUAGACAUAUGAUAUGGGCUUAAUUGCUUGCGCUACAUUUGA